AUGACGAUCCCUCAUCGAAUACCGAUCUCCCAGCUCGACCACUGCUUGGAGCAGCUAUUGGGGAACAAUCCCCCCAAACUAUUACCGCCAGAGACUAUCCAGCAGCUAUGUCACACGCUUAAAACCGAGCUCCUCGGGGUGCCCAACAUCAUGUCGUUACAGACUCCCAUCGCGGUGGUGGGAGAUAUCCAUGGCCAGUACCACGAUCUCUUGGAAAUAUUCCGGAUUCUGGGGCUGCCGCCGAAUACCAAUUACUUGUUUCUCGGAGACUACGUCGAUCGUGGCUACUACUCGGUGGAAACGAUUCUGUUAUUGAUUGCACUUAAACUACGCUACCCUGACCGAGUAUUUCUCAUUAGAGGCAACCACGAACUGAGGACCAUCACCACCAACUACGGUUUUUACACCGAAGUGCUUAAUAAGUAUGGUGGGUGUGCUGACGUAUGGGCUUACAUCACCGACUUAUUUGACUAUCUCCCGUUGGCGGCGACAAUUGAUGGUCGUCUCUUCGCCGUCCACGGAGGUCUUCUGCCCAGUUGUCAACAACUAGAUCAAAUCCGAGCCAUCGAUCGGUUCAAAGAGAUACCCCAUGACGGCGUCAUGGCUGAUUUGGUGUGGCUGGACCCCGACACCGAGAUCAUGGAUUUCAAGUUACUGCCUCGGGGUGCGGGCUACCUCUUUGGCUUGGAUGUCAUCAACAAAUUCUGUCGAGAAAACGACUUGGUUCAGCUUAUCCGCGCCCACCAACUUUGCAAUGAAGGUUACACGCUGUACUGGAAAGGCAAGUGCGUGACGGUGUGGCUGGCACCCAACUACUGCUACAGAUGUGGCAACAAGGCGAGUGUGCUUGAAAUUCACCACAGUAACUACGAACUGAAAGAGUCGGCCCCUCCUCAGGUCUUAAGUGACCACUACGUGGAGGCGCUUCCCGGCCAGUAUUUCAACAUCUUCGAAGCGUCGCCAGAAAAUGACGAGGAUACCGUCAACGGCAAGCUGGUGAACGGCACCGACGACGAAGACGGUGGCUAUGGUGACUUCUAUGCCAAAAAACACAUCGAGUACUUUUUGUGA